GGGGGCGGAGCCGAUGAGAUCCCGGCCAUGUCGGGCCCCACCUCGCGCCGCCUCCUCGUCCCCCUCGCCCGCCGCGCCGCGUACCACCACCACCACCACCACCACAGCCGCGGCCUCGUCCUCGCCCGCUCGCUCCAGGCGGCCGCGGCCCCUGCCGAUCCCUCGCCGCCGCCACGGCUCCCCGCGUCGCCUCUGGCUCGGAGCUAUUCAAGUGCAUUCACAAGUGUUCAUGGAGAGAGGCCAUCAUCAGAGUAUGCAAAGAUCAGAAAGGAGUCGCUAGAAAGCCAGUUUGGAAGGAUCUUGGGUUCAAGUUCACGUAUGCUCUUUGCAGACCGUGGCUUUGGUCCAUUCCUUGCACUGUACAGGGCAGCAACUAUCUCUUUUCAUGUUAUGAAGCUCACUAUUUGGCAUUUACUGCUCGGUGAUGUUCACAAACGAGCUGAGAAGUUCAGGGAGACCUUGAUCAGAUUGGGGCCAUUUUACAUCAAGCUUGGACAGGCACUGAGCACACGCCCUGAUAUACUGCCGAAUGCAUAUUGUCAAGAGCUCUCUAAGUUACAGGAUCAAAUACCACCAUUUCCUACUCGUAUUGCAGUCAGGACUAUUGAGUCGCAAUUGGGCGCUCGAAUUUCUGAUCUAUUUGCUGAUAUCAGCCCAGAGCCAAUUGCUGCAGCAUCACUAGGGCAAGUAUACAAAGCUCAUCUACACUCUGGAGAGCUUGUCGCAGUCAAAGUUCAGAGGCCUGGAAUGACUCCCUUGCUGACUCUGGAUGCACUUUUGUUCCAUAUGAUUGGAGGACAGUUGAAACGGUUUGCAAAGGCUCGCAAAGAUUUACUGGUAGCAGUUAAUGAGAUUGUCAGGCACAUGUUUGAUGAGAUUGAUUAUGUUUUAGAGGGAGGAAACGCUGAAAGAUUUGCAACUCUUUAUUCUCAUGGUGGGAAUAACUGUGGAGGUGGGACAGGUAUCAUAGUCCCAAAGGUCUACUGGAAUUAUACACGCAAAUCUAUAUUAACUCUGGAAUGGAUUGAUGGGAUCAAGCUCACAGAUGCUGAGCGCAUUGCGAAAGCCAAUCUGAACAGGAAGAGGAUGAUUGAUGAGGGUCUCUAUUGUUCAUUGAGGCAGCUUCUUGAAGAAGGGUUUUUCCAUGCUGAUCCCCAUCCAGGUAAUCUGGUGGCAACUGAAGGUGGAUCUCUUGCAUAUUUUGACUUCGGUAUGAUGGGAGAUAUUCCAAGGCACUAUCGCGUAGGGCUUAUACAAAUGCUUGUGCACUACGUUAACCGUGAUUCCUUGGGCUUGGCAAAUGACUUCCAUUCACUGGGAUUUGUCCCAGAGGGAACAGACCUACAUGCAGUUGCUGAUGCAUUGCAUGUCUCCUUUGGUGAUGGAAGGAGGCAAUCAAAUGAUUUUCAGGGGGUGAUGAAUCAUCUGUAUGAUGUCAUGUAUGAGUUUAAUUUCUCUCUUCCUCCUGAUUAUGCACUGGUGAUAAGGGCACUUGGUUCAUUAGAAGGGACUGCAAAAGCAUUGGAUCCUGACUUCAAAGUUAUUGAGAGUGCAUAUCCAUUCGUCAUUGGGAGGCUCCUUGAGGAUCCCAGCCCUGAUAUGAGGAAAAUAUUGAGGCAGCUUCUGAUAUGUGAUGAUGGAUCCAUCAGAUGGAAUCGACUGGAGCGGCUGAUUGCAGCUAUAUCGGAACAGUCCUCAGGAUCUUCAAAUAAGUCUGAAGAUGGAUCUGGUGAAAUUUCUGCUGGCAGUACUGCUAGCUGGAGAUCUUUUGACAUGCAUUCUGUGGUUGCAGCUACAGAAGACCUUUUUAAUUUCAUUUUAUCAAGAAAAGGCUGGAGGGUUCGUGUUUUUCUUGUUCAGGACAUCAUAAAAGCUUCAGAUGCAUUCCUACAAGAAGCAACGUUUCCAGGUAUAUUUGAUGAGGAAGGAACUACAGUGGAGCUACAUUCAGAGAGAAGUAAAAUGAUAAGAAGGGUGGUACAUGGUGUUCGAUCUUUCCGUCAGGCUAUCAGUUUGGCUCCAGAUGCCUGGACUGCCAUGCUAUUCCGUACCUUGUUGAAACCUGAAUCCCAGAAAUUUAUUCUUGAUGUCUUUCUAGCCUUGGCAAUGAAUUCCUGUUACAAGAUUCCAGAAACAAGCUGGAUCUGUAUGUCGAGAUUUCUGAAUUACUUGGACAGGCAAGAUAGGUAACACAUAAUGAAAAUGCAAUCUAAUUAUCUUUGAUCUGAAUUCAUUCUUCAGCGGCCAAUAUCUUUGUCUGGUGAGAGCUGGUACCAACCUUCUAUCUGAUACAUAAAAGCUACAGUACUAGUUACGUUUAUGUACUGCUAUUAUGCCCUAUUAUCA